UAAGAAUAGUUAAGAAUAGUAGAAUUGGUCCAAUAGACAAUAGACUAGGUAUCUUAAUUAUCAUAUUAACAACUUUUUUUUUUUUAUAAUUUUACAUUUAUAUUAUUACUAUUUAUAGUUGUUAGUUGAAUAUAAAAUGAAUACAGUAAAGAGAAGUACGGAAUUACCAUUAAUUAGCCUCGAUAAUAUAGGAAUCAAUUCGACUGAUCAAGAUGAAGGAAGACAAAUUAGUAAAGAAAAGCAACACCAAAUUUGUCUAAAUUUUAUAUUCAUGUUAGGAAUGUCACAAGGAAUCAAUGAAGAAGAAAUUUCAAAAAUUCUUUCCUCAAAUUUAAAGGUUUUAGAUUCUUUUGAAAAUAUAAUUGGUACCAUUUUAAAUAAGAUGGUUAAAUAUAAAUCAAAUGAAAACAAAAAAUUUCAAUCAUCUAAUAAGGUAGAUCGAUUAAAUCAGUCAUCAAAAAAUGUGGAGGAAAGUACUAUACUUCCUUUAGUUAUGUACGAAAGUGAUUAUGAUUCAGAAACUGUGAAAAUAUCUGAUGAAAAAAAUAUCGUUAACUCUGAUAUAGAAAACAUGGACACUUCUGAUGAAGAGGAAGAAUAUAUAGAAUCUGAUACCGAUAUUGAGGAUAUUAUUGAACUUGAUGAAAAUUUUUUAAUUGAGAAAGAAACAAAAGAAAAUACUCUUAUAAAUACAGAACAUAAUAACAAUGAAAAAAGAACGUCACAGAAUUGUAAUACUGUCGAAAUCACUAAACCUAAAAAUAUAGAUAGAUUGAUAAUUACGAAAGAUGAUAACCCACCAAGAUUUAAAUUAUUUUGUAAAUAUAUAAAAACUCCAGAAUUUAAAAAUCAUGCUAUGUCACUUAGAUUACCACCGUUACCAGAAAUUCGUGACGUUAUUAUUCGUGGAAUUGCCAAAGGAAGAAAUGAGUACCCAAUGCAAUGGAAUCGUUACGAAUUUUUAGGAAAUCGUGUACUUAAAUUAUUUAUCUCAAAAAUUGUCCUAGAACAUUUCAAACUAAUUUUUAAUCAAUCAUUAGAAAAUGUUAUUAAUUUUUUAAAUAGUAAUAAAUUAUUUGCCGCCUAUUGUAUGUGCCUAAAUUUACAUGAGGAUAAUCAUAUAUCUCAAGAUGCUUGUUGUAAAACAUACUCUAAUGCUUUUAAAGCUUACUUUGGUGGAUUGUACUUGAGUCAAGGUGAAAGUGGCGUAACUGAAUAUCUUACAAAGUUAUUGAUGCCUCUAUUAUAUAAUCUGGCUAAUUAUCAAUCUAAAAUCAAACCACGUAUACUAUGUGAUAAAUUACUAGGAAAGAUAACUGGUGAAUAUUUUGAUAUGGAAUGGCUUAUUUAGGAAGAAGAGAGAAGAUAAAUUACUUUAGAAUUGAUAUUUUAGAAAGCAAUUAAUAAACUUAAUAAUGAAUGUUAU